AUGGAUAAGUUCUCAUGUGACGGAUGCGAGACAAUUGUUUGUUCUAUAAAAACAAGAUAUCAGGUUCAUUGUAAAGUCUUAGAUCAUACAGGAACCACUUCUUUUGUAAUGUUUGACAAGGAAGUCAGUCAACUAAUUCACAAAUCGGCAUAUGAGUUGUUGGAGCAACAAGUUCUGUUCAACAGUGGGAAUGAAUUCCCUAGAGAACUUCUAGCUUUAGAGGGUCGGGAGUUCGUCUUCACAACUAACAUUCCUGCGACUGGUCAUCAUUUCUCAAACUCCACCGAAACCACUCUGAGCUUGGUCAAUGAUGUUUUCGAAGAGUCUAACAAUUCGAUAAGUGCUUCCACAGAAUCAACAUCAACUCCAACCAAAAAGCGAGCAAGUACGUUAGGAAUUGAGGAUUGUGUGCCACAACUUUCUUCAAAGAAACUUAAAGGAGAUGUUUCACUUUUGGCUGAAGAAGAUGGACAACUUUCAUUAACAAAAUCAAAACUAAAAGUUGGGCAUGUGACUAAAGAUGAUUGUGCAAAACCUUCAUCUACAAAGCAGAGAAAAGCAGCAAAUCUAAUUCCAAAAAAGGAGAAAAACUGA